GUGGGGUCGCGCUGUCGCGGUGGGCUGGGUUCAUCGCUCGGUGGAGACGCCCCGUGUGUCCGUCCCCUCCUCCCUUCGCCGUUCGAAGCCAUGUCGCUGUUCCAGUCCGCUUUGGACUUCCUGGCGGGGCCUGGCUCCCUGGGCGCCGCCAGCCGCGACCAGAACGAUUUCGUGGGGCAGACGGUGGAGAUGGGCGACAUGAAGCUGCGCAUCAGGCGGGUCAUCGCCGAGGGUGGUUUUGCUUUUGUCUAUGAAGCUCAAGAUCUUGGAAGUGGCAAAGAUUAUGCUUUAAAGCGAUUGUUGUCUAAUGAAGAAGAAAAGAAUAAAGCCAUCAUUCAGGAAGUUUGCUUUAUGAAAAAACUUUCAGGUCAUCCCAACAUUGUCCAGUUCUGCUCUGCUGCAUCUAUAGGAAAAGAAGAAUCGGAUACAGGGCAGGGAGAGUUUCUUCUGCUUACAGAGCUGUGUAAAGGGCAGCUGAUGGAAUUCUUAAAGAAAGUAGAAUCCAAAGGACCCAUCUCCUGUGACACAGUUUUGAAGAUCUUUUAUCAGACCUGCAGAGCAGUGCAGCAUAUGCAUAAACAGAAGCCUCCUAUUAUCCAUAGAGAUUUAAAGGUGGAAAACUUGCUUAUUAGUAACCAAGGGACGAUUAAACUUUGUGACUUCGGUAGUGCUACGACUAUAGCUUAUUAUCCUGACUACAACUGGUCUGCACAGAAAAGAGCACUGGUUGAAGAAGAGAUCACAAGGAAUACGACACCAAUGUACAGGACACCAGAAAUGAUAGACUUGUAUUCAAAUUUUCCAAUUGGUGAAAAACAGGACAUUUGGGCUCUGGGCUGUAUCCUGUACUUGCUGUGCUUUAGGCAACACCCGUUUGAAGAUGGAGCUAAACUUCGCAUAGUCAAUGGGAAAUAUAUCAUCCCACAAAAUGAUACACGUUAUUCUGUGUUUCAUGAUCUCAUUCGCUCCACUUUGAAGGUGAAUCCAGAGGAGAGAUUGUCAAUCACUGAACUUGUAAAUCAACUGCAGGAGAUUGCAGCAGCUAGGAACGUGAAUCCUAAAUCCCCCAUCACAGAGCUCUUGGAACAAAAUGGAGGCUAUGGAAACAAUGCUCAGCCUCGGGCAUCUGUGACCUCAGUUUCACAGGGUUCCAAGCCUGCAGGACAGCUCAACAAUAUGUACAAUGCAGGCCUGACCGUUGCGGAGUGUGACCAGACUUAUGGAGGGUUCUUUGAUAUUCUGAGGGGUGGAACAGAGCGAUUUUUCACUAAUAUUAAGGAUACAUCUUCUAAAGUUAUCCAGUCUGUGGCCAACUAUGCAAAAGGAGACUUGGAUAUAUCAUACAUCACUUCCAGAAUUGCUGUGAUGUCAUUUCCAGCUGAAGGUGUAGAAUCUGCCAUCAAAAAUAACAUAGAAGAUGUGCGGUUAUGUCUAGACUCUAAACAUCCUGGCCACUAUGCUGUGUACAAUCUCUCUCCAAGAACAUACAGACCUUCAAGAUUCCAUAAUAGGGUUUCUGAAUGUGGCUGGCCAGCAAGACGAGCACCGAGUCUUCAGAAUCUUUAUAGCAUAUGCAAGAACAUGCAUUUAUGGCUGAAGCAAGACCAGAAAAAUGUUUGCAUUGUGCACUGCCUUGAUGGAAGAGCAGCAUCUGCUGUUGUAGUUUGUUCUUUUCUGUGUUUCUGUCGUCUCUUCACUACUGCUGAAGCUGCAGUUUAUAUGUUCAGUAUGAAGCGCUGUCCACCUGGCAUUUGGCCCUCUCAUAAAAGGUACAUUGAAUACAUGUGUGACAUGAUGGCUGAAGAACCCAUUAUUCCUCACAGCAAGCCCAUCCUUAUCAGAUCAAUUGUCAUGACUCCAGUUCCUCUUUUCAGUAAGCAGCGUAAUGGCUGCAGGCCUUUCUGUGAAGUAUAUGUUGGUGAUGAGAGAGUAACCACUACCUCCCAGGAAUACGACAAAAUGAAGGAGUUUAAGAUUGAAGAUGGGAAGGCAGUAAUUCCACUAGGUAUAACAGUCCAAGGAGAUGUUCUCAUCAUAAUAUAUCAUGCCAGGUCAACGUUAGGAGGCCGACUACAAGCCAAGAUGGCUUCCAUGAAGAUGUUUCAGAUUCAAUUCCACACGGGUUUUGUGCCCCGAAAUGCCACCACAGUGAAAUUCGCCAAGUAUGAUCUGGAUGCCUGUGACAUACAAGAAAAAUAUCCUGAUUUAUUUCAAGUCAAUCUGGAAGUAGAGGUGGAGCCCAGAGAUAGACCUAGCUGUGAACAGCCACCGUGGGAUAAGAUCAAUAUAAAAGGACUGAAUCCGAAGAUCCUUUUCUCCACCCGAGAGGAACAACAAGAGAUUUUAUCAAAAUUUGGGAAACCGGAGCUGCCUAGACAACCAGGCUCAACUGCACAGUAUGAAGCAGAAGCAUCCCAGCUGGAGCAGUCUUCAGAAAGUGCACCUACCGAGACAGAGUCCCCACACAGCAGUAGUACUGAUGCAAAUAACUUCUUUCAUUCUCUGGACUGGAGAGAAGGAAAAAGUCCAGAAAGUGGAGUAGAGGACAAUUCGUCUAAAAAUGAUCGUGUUCACCUGUCUGAUGACAGGGAGGAGAGUGAGCCUUCAGAUGAGGAAUUCCCUACCUUUCCAGGUGAAGAAAGUGCCGUGAUUGUUGAUGAAAAUAACUCUACUACCCCAGAAGGAGAGUUGCUUUUUGAAGCUCCAUCUACAUCAUUACAAAAAUCUCUUCCUGAGGAGAAUGUAGAUUUACUGGGACUAGACUCUGAUAUUUCACCAGAACAGAAACCACCUAUCUCAGAAACAGACUCUUCGUCAAGUAACGCAGACUUGUUGAACAACCUGUUUGUGGGUAGUGCAUCACAGAUUUCAGAAGAACCCACUGGAGAUCUUCUUGGACAAGGAACAGAUUUCUUUUUCAGCAGUCAGUGUGCAGCUACCACUCAGGGUACAUCUUCAGCAGCUGCCAUGUCUUCGGCUGAUCCUUUUGACCCAUUCACAAUGUCAUCAAGUUCAGAGAAUCAAGCUCUGUCUGGUCCAGACCUCUUUGGAGACUUUCUUAAUCCAACCUCAGAAUCUACAGCUAGUACAGUUCCUUCCACACACAGUUCAUUUCCACCUUCUACCAGCUCAGAUUUCUUAAAUUUAGGGAACUUGACACCAGAGCCAGCUAAAAUGUCAUCUUCUACGAGCCAGCCAGAUCUCUUAGGUGGAUGGGAUUCUUGGGCAGAUUCUUCAGCAACCAGCAAUGUACCACCACCACAACUGAAGCCUCUUUUUGAAGGUCAAGCUUUUACCACAGGGAGCCAAUCCAGUGUCUCUUCAGGUCUGUCUUUCAGCCAGGCUAAAUCUCAGAACUUUGAUCCUUUUGCUGAUCUUGCCAAUCUUGGAUCUGGUCUUCCAGGUUCCUCCAGUGGUGGACUCUCAAGUGGUGGCUUUGGUCAGAAGACUGUUCCAUCUCAGAAGCUGGGAAAUCAGUGGCAGAAAUCUACAAAACCACCAAGUACUACAUGGCAGUCUCAGACUAAAUCCAGCACAGCAGCUAAACCAAAUUACACUGUAAACUUCAGUGUUAUUGGAGGACGAGAGGAAAGAGGAGUCAGAACCCCAAACUUUGGUCAAAAGCCAAAAGUUUCAGAAAAUGACUUUGAAGAUCUAUUAUCUAAUCAAGGCUUUUCAGCUAAAUCUGAUAGAAAGGGGCCAAAGACUAUUGCUGAGAUGAGAAAACAAGAAAUGUCUAAAGAUAUGGACCCCUUGAAACUCAAGAUUCUUGAAUGGAUUGAAGGAAAGGAGAGAAAUAUCAGAGCAUUAAUAUCCACUCUUCAUACAGUGCUUUGGGAAGGGGAAAAUAAGUGGAAACCAGUCAGCAUGGCCGACCUAGUCACUCCUGAACAAGUAAAGAAGUACUACAGGAAGGCGGUGCUUGUAGUUCAUCCAGAUAAGGCCACGGGACAACCUUAUGAGCAGUAUGCCAAAAUGAUCUUCAUGGAAUUGAACGAUGCAUGGUCAGAGUUCGAAAACCAGGGAUCAAAGUCUCUUUUCUAAAAAUUCACCUUUUACAGAACACUUCCAAAAAAGGAGCUGAGCGUUGUGACUUUAUGGCACCUAUGAUUCGUGAAGCGCUUUUCUGUGAUUUCAGCCCAGUUACCAGUCAUGCACUUAAAUGUGCAUUACAUACAUGUGUUAAGUAAACAUCUGCUUGGUACUAGAAGAAAUCACAGUCUGGGAGUGUAUUUGGUAAAAAGUAGAAUUUUAAUCUGUGAUUUUGGGGAUACUAGUAUUUAAUUAUAAAUCAUUCCAAUUUCCUUGACCUUUGCUUUAUGUGCACCUACCCAAUUUGUCUGUUACUUUCAGUACUUUUGUGAUUCAGUUUUGAUGUUGGUGCCUGUUGCCUUAUUCAAUGUGCUUUAGUUAUCGGCAGUGAAUUUGCUUGGCUUAUCUCAAACCUGAAGGUGUAUAUUUUCAUCUGUAUUUUAGGUAAUCAAUCUGAUAAUCGUUCUGUAAAUAAUGUUUUCUGACAAUAAAUGCGUUCCUACAAUAAAUUAAGAGUUGUUUAGCCAAAAAGGCCCCAUUUGUGGGAAAGUCAGUCAGGGUUGUUCUUGAUUUUCAAUUUUUUUUACAUAUCAUGAAUCUAGAAACAAAUCUUGACUUGAAGGUCUGCAUGUUCCUGCUGUUCUGUUAUUUAUUAUGGACCUUUGGAAGACAGUACUCUAAACAGUGCUUAUUUUCCUGGUUCUUUAAGUGGUGUCUUUUGCUUAUGAUUUCAGUGGAACAUUCCUUCCAUUGGACUUCAGAUACUCCGAUAGAAAUAAAGUUAUUCUGAAGCUUGAAGUGUAAGCACAAAACAUUCUACUCUGCUUUGAUUUGUCUGAGUAAAUACUACAUUACCCAUUAUCAUCUGGAGAGCAUUUAAUGUGUUUUAACACAUUUUUCUUCAUGUCUGAACUUCUGUAUUUUUGAGACACGCUUGACAUCUGUGUAUGUGAAAACAAGGAGUGUAUUGGUAGACUGUUGCACUUCUGCUCACCUACCUCCCAUCUGCUGGUUAGUGCAAGAUGAGUAGAGACACAACUUGAUAACAAAACUUGCCAUGUUUUCUCAUCCCUAUUCAGAGGGAAGUUUUUCACUAAUGCUGGGGUGAAUGGAUGCAAAUAACUAGCAACUGAUGUACUGUGUAGUAAAAAAAUGCAGCUUUUGUAUCAAGUUUGAAAUGUUGAAAAUUGAUAUUGUGGUAUUAAAGCUUUGACAAAAGUUUCUUGAAACAGUACAGUUGGGUAGUUGAGGAGAUAUUUUAAUCAUCUUGCCACUUUAUACAUUUUGCAUGCUUAAUGGAAAAGGGACCUGUACUAUUAUCAGAGGUAACUGUUCACCUAAACAGAAAACGUGAGAUUUUAAGGCCACCUGCUAGUUGGAUGAGGUUUUCUACUGCCAUACCAGACUGGGAGCUGAUGAGCUAGAGUCGUGAACACACGUUGCAAUUUGUAGUCUGUAAGCUCACAUCUAACACAGUUACUCUGAUAAAAGGUUUUGUAUGUGUAUUUUCACGUAUAUUCCGUGAUUAUUUUUUUUAAGAUGGAAGCCAGGAUCAGUUAUGGAUCAGGAAGGUUAUGUAUUAUUCAUAGUUGCAGUUGUAUUUCCUUUACUGCUUUGAAGCAGUCUUAAAUCUCAGUGGAUUUCUUCAUAAAAACAGGUAACUUCCUGCAUGACUUACAAUAAGAGCAAAUCUUUUUUCUGUGGGACGCUUCAUUAGUUCUUCAUAUGCAUUGUCUGAUCUAUGGUAAUUAAAGGCUUCUGCUGGUAGGACAAGUUUGUUAGAGAGCUGCAUGGCUUUUUACAGUUCUAAGGCAAAUGUUAUCUAGUAAUUGAUUUAAAAAGACACACAGAUACAUGAUGACUGAUUGCACUCCUACAUACAGCUGAGAGGUAAAGCAUUUCUGAGGGAGCCGCUUUUAGUAAGGGCUACUUUUAAAAACCUUUUAAGUUGUGCAUACAGGCAACUUAAUUUGGAGAGAUGCAUUUUUAAUUGCUGUCUUCUUGAAAUAUAUGUAUUAAAAAACCAGAAAAUUUGGAGAAAAAUAUCUUUCUCUGCUUUGUAUGUUUGGUAGGAUUUUCUCAAUAAUGUCUACGUUUGUCUUGCUAUUUCUCUACUCUUGUUUGCAAAAUUAACAACAGGGAAGAACCUUAGUGUAGUUUUAAGUGAGCAGGGAAGCAUGAGUGCAAAUGUUUUAUUUGUAACUGAAGAGUUCUUCAAAUUGAUUCCCCCUUUUUAAAAUUAUGGAAAUCAUAAAUUUUGGCUGUGGAUUUUUCCAAGAGCCAUUUGAUAAUUAAUGAGAUUUCUCUUCAACUUAUUUUAUGGCUUAAUCAGCCUUGCUGAUUCUUCUAUCCUGCUCAUUUCUAUGUAGUUGAAUUUUGGUUCUAAGAACCUGGGAGAAGCUUAGUUUGGUGAACUCGGAUCCUGACACUGAAAUAGUUUUGCAGGGGGUUUUUUUUGUGUAACUGUGUUAUUUACCUAUCUUGCCUACAAGAAUGUAUGUAAAGUUGGAUUUCAGUGAGGCUCUGUAAGCAAACUUUAAAAAUUCAAGUGAUGAACAUGAACAGUAAACAAGUUUUUUGUUUUCUUUGGAAGAUAAAGCAGCAUGAGGACCACCGAAGACAUUUCGUAGUGUAAGGCUUAUAUUAAUUUUUUUAAUUGCACUACUCUGGGAAGAUGGAAGUGAAAAUAAAUUUUAUAUAGAGACAUAUAUUGAGGCAUAAUGGUGCUUUUGAAGGAAAGGAUCAUUUGGAAGAAAAAGUCCAGAAAUUCUGAGUUCAUCUUGAAACAGUAAUAAAAAAUUGUGAAGAAAAAAAAGGGGAAUGAGGGCUUUUCAACCUUUCUCACACUCUGUACUUCACUGUUAAUUGGCUGGCUGCUGUAUGGGAUAGGUCUGCACACAGACUGAUACAUACAUAUAUUGUUAUAGCUGUAUUGUCCACAUACUGAAAAACUUGUAGAAUAGGCUACAGAAAAAAUUGGUUAAGAUGAGGCUUGGUUAGAUACUGUGAAUUUUCUUUAGGCUUAAAAGUGUCUAUUUUCCAUUUAUCUCACAUGUUAAAUUUUGAAAUGUUGAAGUGAAAUCAAGUCCUGAAAGCUAGACCUUAUAUCUGCUGCUUCUGACAGCAAAGCUUGAGGUUGAGAUAACUGAAUGUUGCCAGUAGAUUGAUGUUGUGUCCACCAGAGUUCACACUUGGCACUUGAAUUUUGAUUGUGAAACAGGUAAAUUUAACUCUUGCAGCAAGUUGUGGUGCCUUUUUGCCUAUAUUUGUAGUUCUUUGUCUGUUAUCGACAGCUGACUUCAUUGCAGCCUGCCAGGAUCCCCUUCUUAAAAGGAGGUAGCUUGACAUGGCUGUUGCAAGAGCAAUGAAAAACAAUGCAACAUAGAUUCAGGGAAGAGUAGAGAAGAAAACUUCCAGACUCCAACCUACAUACCAAAUGUUGUUUUCUAAUUCUCUCUUUAUUGAUCUAUUCGUACCUACCUCUGCUAAAACCAGGUCUAGACUAGUAGGAAGAACCUGUUUUGCAGGCUGUUUUUUGAACCCUUUUAGAAGUGCUACUCACUGGCUACAGUCCUUGGAUUAUUUUUUUUUUUUUUUGGCAGAAGUUGCUAUAAAGCAGGGCUUAUAAAAUGAUAGGGCAGACUUUCACUAGCUUUUUCUUGAUUAAGUUUAUUGUUACAUUGCUGUUUGAACUGGAGAGUCAGGCAAUGUAACUUUUAAAACAGAAAGCUGUGAAGAAGUUGGUGUUAUGAGCGUGUGUGGCUAGAUCCUGCCAAAUGGAGAAGAGUGUGUUUUGACCAUGUUGGAGGAAAUCAGUUGGUGUCUUUACCAUUGAGCGUGUCUGUGGUGUUUUGUAAUGCUGCCAGAUUUCCCUGAACUUAACUGCAGGGAAGAGAAAGAAAAUGAGCAGUUAAGCACUCACUCAUGGGUUUAUGCUCAAUUUUAUUAUUGAGUAGUGAUUCCCAGAUAUCAAGCCUGGGUAGAAAAGUUCCUCUGCAUUGUUAUUUGGAUAAAGUUCAUAUAGUUUCCUAAUAAAUUAUAGUUUCCUUCAUCAAGUACAGAAUGGAAAACCUACAACAGCGACCAAGUAAGCUUGCUUGCACCAGUGGCAGAGUCUUUGGUGUUGCACCUGUGAGGGUAGCUCAUGAAAAAUGCCUUUUUACGUCCAUUUUCUUGCUAUUUGUAGAAAGUUCCUCCAAUGUUCUACCCAGCACGGAGUAACAAUUCCUUCCUGAAUGCAGGCUAAGUCUCAAAGCUGCAUGCACAGGAUUAGUCUUUUGCACCAAGAAAGCAGAGUUUGAUUGUAAACGAAAUCUUGGCUGCUCUUUGGGACUGCGACGUUACACGCACCAUUCCACAACCAAAAGCCAGACUGCAGUUUCCCUGUCACCGGUAGUAUAUUUGCAUAGUCAUUGGCCAUUGCAUUGUCUGCUGCUUGUAGGAGUGUUUCAGAGGUUGCCUAAGUGUAGAAACCUUGUUGCUCCUUAGUUGUGCCCUUAAUUGCCUCCUAAUUGCAAUUUAAUGAGUGCUUUGUAAAUAGUUUCAAAUUAGUCUUUUGGAAUUGCCUGUGCUUUGAGUCAGUUGACAUUUUCUGUCAAUAACUUGCAGGUGAUUGACCUGCAAAAGCUGCAGAAGGAAUGUAUCAUUUCUUACUCCUUGAGUCUGUCAUUGGUGCAGAGUAGCUGUAGCUACUGGAUGCCCAGUGCCUGGGAGUAAAGGGUUACUCGGCUGUCCUGUGGUUCUGGUUUUGAUGAGUAUCUCGCAGUGCUUGUUUGCUCUCUGUUUUGGUGAGCUUAUUGUGGACUGCGGUUUAGAAUGCAUUAAGCUUCCAAUAUAUGCUCCAAAAAUACAGAUUCAGCCAUUUUUAUGAAGCAUACAUGUUGUUAUAGAAGCUUUUAUUACCAAAAGAAAAUUAAGAGGCAUUGCCUCUGAAAACUCUUCAGUGGUAUGUACUGUAUAUUUGCAAUGUAGACUUCUAGAAGUGAUUGUCAUCUCUGAUAAGGAUUAAUUUGCUUUUGAGGUCCUUAUUGUAUUUACUUGUAGUUGUAAUUGUACUUUAUAUACCUGUGUUUUUUUCUGGUUGGGGUUUGUGGAAGGACAAAACAGAGGUUCAAGUCUUACUUUUUGCCAUCUUUCAGGAAACGCAAUGUACUGAGUAAUGCUACUAGUAGUGAAAUGAAGAUUAUACCUGUAUGUAUACAAAGGGGAUAUAGUAAAAUUAAACCUUGUUUUAAAGUAGAUUUAAUGUUUGGCACAAUGUCCUUGAACAGAAUAUUUGCUUUGAAAUGUAUUACAACUUAACCAAUGAUCAAUUAAAACAAACAAAAUGA